CCUAGCUCGAAAUGGACCGAAACGUAACACAAAACCAACGGGAGCUACGCAAAGCGUAAUGGGAGCUGCGCAAAUCGCGGCUGCCACUGAGCUAGAUUCAAUCAACCAAUCCUGCGGCUCCUUCAUUAUAGGUAUAGCAUAGGAUCUGUAAAUUCUGUUGACCGGACGAAAUUCGUCCUUGAUCGGCUCUGCGGAAACAAACGGACGUAACGCAUUAUAAUAUCGGAGCGAGGGAGCGUUUGACCCUAUACCCGGCUAGGUUUGACUAGUUCUUCGGUUUAACGUAUCAUGCCCAUUGUUUAGACGGAGACACCUGUGCCCCGUAUGGAAUAUGUCAAAGAGUUUUGGAAGCACGUAUAAUUAGCCUCCUUGGCCCUUUCAAUAUACGAAGCGUUGCAUAGUUUGACUCUCAUUUGUGAAGAUACAUGCCCGUAGCACUGGCGAGGUUGUAAUAUGGAGCCAUUCAAGAAGAAAUUCUCACCAGAGAACAUUCCUGAUCUAUCGCAGAAAGUUAUUAUCGUAACAGGGGGCGCAACUGGAAUCGGCAAGGAAACAGUAACCCAACUUCUUCGACGUAAUGCUCGGGUAUAUAUUGCAUCCAGGUCACAGAAAAAGUUUCAGGAACUGCUGGAAGAAUUAUCAGACCUCGAUGAUAUCCAAUCUUCUCUGAAGUUUCUAGAACUCAACUUGUCAGAUAUGAAGAGCUGUAUCCGCGCGGCAAAGCAAUUCAAGGAGAUGGAGACGAGACUUGACGUAGUGGUCGCUAACGCCGCGCUUUCUGUGAUGCCUGAGACUCUCACAACGGAUGGAAUAGAGAUCCAGUUUGGUACCAAUCAUCUUGGACACUUUGCCUUCAUUUACAACCUGCUUGAUCUCAUUAAACAAACGUCCAAGCAAUUUAGCGACGCCAGAAUUGUUGUGGUCGCAUCUCACGCUCACGCGAUGUAUAAGCCCGUACCAGGAAUGAUCAUUGACUUUGAUAGCUUGGGAGUAGAAGGGUUGUCAAGCAUUCGGACAACUGCAGAUGUACAAGCAAGCUUGCAAAGGUAUGCGCGCUCAAAGCUCGCAAACAUCCUUUUCGCCCGAGCUCUUCACAGACGCCUCCAGGAAACAGGCCACAGCAACGUAUUCGUCAACUGCCUUAACCCAGGUACAAUAGGAACAUCUGCCGGCACUGACUCUGCCGCCCUUCCGCCUUGGAUAGCCAUUCUCUCCUCGCUAGCCGUGCGAGUAACCAGUAUUCCAGUCCAAGACGGUGCCCGCACGAUACUCCUCCUCGCAACCGACCAGGAGAUCGCGACGCGCAAGUUAAGUGGUAGGUACUUCGACGUCGGUCCACUGUCGGGAAAAUUCUGGUACGAAUAUAGCUGGGACGCGACAGAGGCCAAAAUCUCCGAUGCCGCUAGGAAUGAAGAGCUGAUGGAGAUGUUGUGGAAAUGGAGCAUGGAUAUGAUGGAGCUAGUAAUGUGAAACUGUGUGUUGCUCCAGCCAAAGCGGAUGCGAGCUUUCUUUGCGUUAGCAGCUUUUGAUGUCAUCUGUGUCGAUAGUAUCAGAGUUCACCAAUUUGGAAGCAGCACUAAAUGGCAGCAACAUCCACGCACUCAAAGCUAAGUUAGUCGAACAAUG